GCCACUUUUGACAAGAUCGGCUUCAGAAAUCACUUUCUGGAAGUGUGCAUUGAAGUGCUCCGGGAUCUCUGCAGCCAAAUCAGUAGGAUGGUUUACUCUGUGCUGUUUAUGAAAAUCACAACACGUACUUAAAACAACUUCCUUAAGAUUUCAUGGGCUUCUUAGAAAGCCAGAUAAGUAGAAAUACUAAUUCCAAACAGUCAAUCUACCUUGCAAAGGGUCAGUGUAUUUCAAUUUCUCAUUGACAGUAGCAGCAAAUUCUUAUCUAAAGCUUACAUAUAAAGCGUUUUAAUCAACUUCAAACGUGCGGAAGACGGCAGUGUCCUCAAAUACAGAUCAAAUCGGGCCUUCUAGGCUGCUGUCAGUGUUUUCCGUGUCUGCGGUUAACGAGGGGUGGGUGGUUUCCCAGCCGGCAGCCCAGCUGCUGUCCUGGGGUGAGAAAGUUCUCGUCUCCCGGACCGCCUCUUCCUGGCGGCGGCCUCACGUGGGCCCCUGCGCCCGCCUGCGGCGGCACAGAGCGGCAGCGUUCCCGCCGAAAUUUAAGUUUCGUUUCCAGAGGUGACCGGGAGUUCCUCUUCCCGGGUCCUUUCGGGGCCUUUCUCGGAAGCCGGGUCUUUUUUUUUUUUUUUUCCGGGAGCGCAGAGCCGCAGAGAUGGAAGGUUCGCGUAGAAGGACGACGGCGCCGCGCGCUAGGCCGGCUGCGACGCGCCCCACGAGGGAGGCCGGCGGGACCGCGGCCGCCCUCCCCGACGCGGGGAGCCACGGCCCGCCAAGGGGGGCGCGAUCGCGACGUGGGGAGCUCGACGGGGCCCCCGCCGAGACGCCACGCGCCCGGGCGGCCCCCAGAAGGGCGCCCGCGCGCCCCCGGGACACACAGCCACCGGCCACGGACGGCGCGCGGGCCGCCGAGCGCCCUGCCGUGCCGGAGCCCCAGCCGCCGGCGGACCCCGAGGCGCCGGCCGUCGCAAGGAGACCCAGCAGCAGGAGGGGCGGCCGCUCCACGGCCAGGCAACCCAGAGCGCCGCGGAGGUCCAGGAGGGAGCGGGACCAGCUAAUGGAUGUGCUGCAUGCUUUGAGGUUGAGACGCCAGGAGACCUGUGUGUCGGCCAAUACUGUGAACACGGUCGUGACGCGCCUGCUGCGCGGGCUGGGGAAUCGUGAGUCCGAAUUCGAAGGCGUGGAGCAGCUGAACACUGGCAGCUACUAUGAGCACGUGAAGAUUUCUGCUCCUAAUGAAUUUGAUGUUAUGUUUAAGCUGGAAGUCCCCAGAAUUCAGCUACAAGAAUAUUAUGACAGUGGUGCUUUUUAUCUUGUGAAGUUCAAAAGAAUUCCACGAGGAAAUCCUUUUGGUCAUUUUUUAGAAGGGGAAAUAUUAUCAGCUACCAAGAUGUUGUCAAAGUUUAGGAAAAUCAUUAAAGAAGAAGUUAAAGAAAUCAAAGAUAUAGAUGUCACUGUGGAGGAGGAAAAACCAGGAAGCCCUGCUGUAACACUUCUAAUCAGGAACCCUGAAGAAAUAUCUGUGGAUAUAAUUCUGGCUUUGGAAUCAAAGGGCAGCUGGCCUGAGAGUACCAGAGAAGGACUACCCAUCCAAAGCUGGCUUGGCACAAAAGUUAGGACCAAUCUAAGAAGAGAUCCAUUUUAUCUUGUACCCAAGAAUGCAAAACAUGGAAAAGGUUUUCAAGGACAGACAUGGCGCCUCUCUUUUUCUCAUACUGAAAAAUACAUUUUGAAUAAUCAUGGGACAGAGAAAAAAUGUUGUGAAUCGGGUGGAGUGAAAUGUUGCAGGAAAGCAUGCUUAAAACUAAUGAAAUACCUUUUGGAACGGUUGAAACAAGAAUUUCAAGAACUAGAUGCAUUCUGUUCUUAUCAUGUGAAAACGGCCAUGCUUCACAUGUGGACCCAGAACCCACAGGACAGUCAGUGGGAAUUCACAAAUCUAAGUUUCUGCUUUGAUAAGUUUUUGAUGUUUUUCAUUGAGUGUCUCAGGACAGAGAAACUGGACCAUUAUUUUAUUCCAAAGUUCAAUCUGUUCUCUCGAGAACUAAUUGACAAAAAGAGUAAAGAAUUUCUGUUAAAGAAAAUUGAGUAUGAAAGAAACAAUAGAUUUCCAAUUUUUGACAAGUUUUGAAAUUACAUAUGUGUAUUAUAAUUUGUGCAUGUGUUAUGUGUUCCUAGGCCAGAGGGUUGGUGCCAGAUGUCUUUCUCAAUCACACUUCACUUUGUGUGUGUGUGGGGGGGGGGCGGGGGUCAAGACAAGGUUUAUUUGUAUAGUCCUGGAUGUCUUGGAACUCCCUUUGUAGACCAGGCUGGUCUCGAACUAUCCACCUUCCUCUGCCUUCAGAGUGCUGGGAUUAAAGGCAUGUGCUACCACUACCCAACACACUUUAUUUUUUUGAGACAGGAUCUGCCUCUGAACCAGGAGCUCAUGGAGGUGUCCACGUUGAUUAUCCAGUGAGUUCCCAGGGUCCACCUGUCUCUGCCUUCCCAGCCCUAGGAUGACAGAUGAACAUCACCUAUUUACUUUUACAUUUUUGUCCUCAUGCAUGCAAAGCAGAUACUGUAGUGACUAAACCAUGAGCCCAGCCUGAAAUUGUCUUUUGAAAUGAAAUUGGGUUAAAGUGACUUAAGUCCACUGUGGUGGUGCAUGCCUGUAGUUCCAGCACUUCAGAAGUGGAGGCAGAAGAAGAAUUCAAUGUGAUUCUUGGCUCUAUUUCUAGUUCGAGGAUAGCCUGGGCUAUAUGAAACCUGCUUAAAACAAAGUACAAAGGAGCUGGAGAGAUGGCUCAGUGGUUAAGAGCACUUACUGAUCUUUCAGAGAACUUGGGUUGGUUUCUGGCACCCAAUGAUAGGGCACAACUGUAACCCCAGUUGAGGGAAUCUAGUAUGAUCACUAUAGGAUCCUGCUUGCGCACAUUCAGACAAAAAUUUUUAAGAGCCCCCAAAGAAAAUGAAACUAUAAGCCCAUAAUAUGUCAAGUGUGUUGAUCUUUAUAAUUCUGGCACUUGAGAAGCUGAGGUAUGAAGGUUGCCAUGAAUGCAAGGCCAGCCUGGGCUACAAAAUAUGAUCUUGUCUCAAAACCAAAAGCCAACAACAGUCACCAUGAGUCACUGUGAGGUUUGGCCUGCUCACCCAUCCUGACUCAGAAUGGUACGCAUUCUUUUUUCUUUAGGAUGCUGGUCAGAACCUAAGGAGUCUUUUCUGCAUGUUGUACCUCCUUACUCUUUGUCUUGAAGUUCCCCUCAACCCUGUGACACAUACACUAUAUGGCUUUUUGUCUAUCAUGUGGCUGAUGUCCUCUAUGAAUGCAAAACAUAAGGCCCCAAAAUGUGAUUUUUAAUUCAAAUUUUCACAGCAGUCACUAAAAUAUAAUCAUUUUGUACUAUUUCUUAUAAUUCAAAUAUAAAGGUUAUAAUAAAAUGAAUGUCUUUCCCCAAAUAAAUCAUAAGUACUUAGUGAAUAUCACUUCUCACCUUGGAUAAGUCUGCAGAAGGUUGUGGAUAGACCAUAUUAAAAAUGGUUUAGACUUUGUCCAAACACAAGACGUACACAUGGAAGCCGUGCCUGCCCGUGUCCCAGGGUAGGAAAGGAAAAGGACAAUUAGCUCUGCAUCUUGACUUCAGGUGCUUUCUCACGUAUGGGAAAGCCCGUAAUGUAUUUUUUAUUUAUUUUAUUUUAUAUGUUUUUACAAAAGCAAUGGUACCUGAUGGGGGAAUGGGUGUGGACAGAGAAUGACUCUCUUCUGCAUUCAAGCAGCAUCCCCAGUGACAACUGAUGCUCUUGAACUUUUUCCGAGUACUUUGUAUUGCUGUGGAAGCUUCUUUCUCGUUCUGUACUUGUUAGUUCCCUGUGUAACAAUGUCUAUCACUGGUUUGUCUUCACUUUUUUGGUAUCUUUAAAUAAGUAAAAUUUAAAAGUAUUAAUGUAGUUGAAUUUAUCAGUCAGAGUUUGUGCCUUGUACUUAACAUCCACUGAGUUUGAGCAUCACAGAAAAGGUGUCAACAUGGAGAGGAAAGGUUUGAGGACAAUUAACAAGUAGAAUGCCAGACUAACAAUAAAUCCAGGCUCUGCUUAACACCUUCAGAUAUGUCCCCCUCUCCCCGGUGGUACACAAAGCCCUGGAUUCAAUUCCCAUGUAAAUAAAGUCAAAAGAAAAUUAUAGGCCUUGAAAUUCAGAUCCUCUUUCCCCAGCCUCAUCAGUAUUUGGGAUUAUAUUCAUAAACUGCCAGACAGGACUUGCAUUGCUCAAGUUCAACUCAUGCUUCGAUUUUCGACAAGUGCUUACUGUUCUGAUGGCUUUUAAAAAGACUUUACAGAACAACUUUAUUGAUAUACAGUACACUCAACACAGUUUAUCCAUUUGAAGUGUACAGUUCAAUGAUGACCCUAGUUCCUCUGCAACAGCCAGUGUUCUUAAUUGUUGAGUCAUCCUUUCCAUUCCUAACAAGAACUCUUGAUGACAAAGCCAACUUCUCAGCCCCAAAGUAUUGCCAGUUCAAUGUCCUAGUUCAAUGUCCCAGGCCGGCUUCGAACUCACAGAGAUCUGCCUGUCUCUGCUUCCCAAGUGCUGGAAUUAAAGGUAUGUGCCACCUCACCCGUUUAUUUUAUUUAAUGAUUUAUUUAUUUGUAACAGUAUUCUGCCUGCACACCAGAAGAGGACAUCAAAUUACAUUACAGAUGGUUGUGAGCUACUAUGUAGUUGCUGGGAACCGAACUCAGGACCUCUGGAGGAGCAGACAGUGCUCUUAAAUGCUGAGCCAUCUCUCCAGGCUGCUUGUUUUUAAGGAAGGUUGAUCGAGUAGUUACUGGAGCUCUGAGUGUUCUCACAUCAUCUCAGUACUUGAGUACGUGUUCUAGAAGACAAAAUUAGAGAAGCUACCCAGUGCCUGGAUUGUAAAGAACAGUUGUCAUGCUCAGAGAAGCAGGUCACUGUCCCUGUAUUCAGCUUUUUAUGAUUAUAUACAGUAAGACCACUUACCUGCAGUUUUUCUUUGCAUGAUCUGUUACAGUCAACUGGGGUCCAAAACAUAAGUGGAAAACUUGAAAUAAUAAAAAUAUGUAUGUUUAAAGUUAUGUUUUUCUGAGUGACAUGCUGGAAUCUGGUACCAUCAUACUUGACUACCACAGUAUCCUGCUCAAACCUUACUAGGGCAGGCAUCACUCCUUUGUUCACUAUAUCCAUGCUGUAUUUGCUACCUUCCCAUUACUUACAUAAUAGCAUCCUUAAAAUUGUUUUAGAUUCCUUGUGUACUGAUGUUUUGCCUUAAUGUUUGUAUGCACACCACACGCAUGCCUGUCGAGGCCAUAAGAGGCUGUCAAGUUCCCUGGAACUGGGAUUAUAGGUGGUUGAGCUGCCAUGUCAGGGCUGGGAACUGAACCUGAGUUCUGCAAGAGCAAGAACUGCUCUAAACUGCUGCGCCAUCUCUCUAGCUCCUACACUUGCACAAUUAGUCAUCAAAUUAUAUCACUGCAGUUCUUGUGUUGUUAAGCCCUAUGUUACUUAAUAAUGGUUCCAAAAUGCAAUAGUAUGAACAUGAGCAAUUUGCUUAUGUCAAAGAGAAAGGUAGCAAUGCUUUUAAGAAAGUAAAAUGGCCUAGAGAGAUGGCUGGUGGGGAAGAGCACUAGCUGCUCUUCCAGAGGACUCUGGUUCAGUUCUUAGCACACACAAUGGUCUGUCUCUCUAGCUCUAGGUGUACUUCUUUUCUUUUGCAGUGCUGGCGAUUGAACCCUUGGUCUUGCACAUGCUAGGCAAGCGGCCUACUACUCAGCUACAUCCUCAGCUUCACAUUGUCUUAAAAAAAUACUAUAGAUAAAACCAUCUUUCUUAAAGAUUUAUUUAUUAUGUAUACAAUGUUCUGCCUGUAGCAGAGGGCACCAGAUCUCAUUAUGGAUGGUUAUGUGCUUGCUGGGAAUUGAACUCAGGACCUCUGGAAGAGCAGCCAGUGCUCUUAACCUCUGAGCCAUCCUUCUAGCUCCUAGAUAAAACCUUUUAGCACUACAACUUAGCACUACAAAUAUCCAUGAAAAAAAUUUCAACAAGGUUAAAAACUAUUGAUUUUUAUUAAAGAAAGUAUAAAACAUUAAAUUCUACAUUUCAAAACACUAUUAUUUUAAGAAUCAGUCAAGUCUCUUCAUAUUGAUGCACGUUUCAACAAUUCCACUUUGAAUAAAAUCUUGAAUCCUAAAAAGUAAGUGGGGAAAAAAGUUACUAUUUACAAAAUUAUUAGUUUUGUAUCUUGAUUCUUGGUGGCCCUUGCUAUACUGGAACUCACUCUGUAGACCAGACUGACCUUGAACCAGGAUAUCCACCUGCCUCUGCCUCCCAAGUGCUUAAAGGCAUUGCCCAGCUCAAAAUUCUUGUUUUUAAAAGGGUGAUUCGAUUACAUAAUAUAAAAUCACUCUCAACCAUUUUCAGCUGUGCAGUUCGGUGGUGGUAACAACAUUCACUGUGCAAUUUCUAUAGCUUUCAACUUACAAAACUCCAAAGUCUAUAUCCACUAAACAGCAAUGUCCUCUUUGCUUAACCCCACCCAUCCUUGAAAGCACUUUUCUGUUUCUGUGACUGUUCUUUGAUAUAAGGGUCUCAGGUAAUCCCAGGCUGCCCUAAAACUGAUCUGCUGCCUCCAUUAAAAUUUGGUAUUUUAGGUGCCUCAUACUGGACUCAUAUACAGUACUUCCUCUUUUGUAACUUUUUCAUUUAAAGCACAAUGUCCUCAAGAUUCACUCUGGUUGCAACAGGUAGCAUAUCUUUUUAAGGUUAAAUGUCCCACUGUUACAUACGUGAUAUACUGUAUUAACUUAUUCUUGUACUUUUGGGUUGCUUCCAAGAGAGAAGUGCUGUUUUUAAAGCACGGUGCUGUAAAUGUGAGGGUGUACAUUAAUAAAUACGAU